AUGCGACGCUGUUCUGUCGCCAGCCCGGAGAACGUCUCCAAAAAGUCCCUUUUGUUGACGCCUCCUCCUCAGCACCGCUUCUUCUCCUGCUGCGCGUGCUUCAGCCCGCUGCGUCCCACGCCGGGCUACACUCGGGUGAGCCUGGGCGCUGGGACGGGGCUUCUCCUUUCUCUCCAAACCUCAUCCGCACAAAGAAUGAGGGUCAGUGUGGCCCGCGGCGCCGCCCGGUUCACACAAAGAACCGGGACGUGUGGCGCGCGCGUGCACGGGGUCACGUGCACGGCCCGGGCCGGGCUCCGGGCGUACGUGCGUACGUGCGUCCUCCUAAGAGGAAAAUAA